CAAAACCAACACAGUACAUUGCAUGCAAGUCCUUAGCAUGAAAUACAUGAUAUGAUUGAUAGGCUUAUAUGUCAAUCUACAAAUUUCCAUCAUGGCUAGAAAUGAAGAGACUCUCGUAGACCUUGAAGAAGAAAAGCAGUUCCAGUUUAAUUACAGGAAAAAGAUAACGAGGAGAUUUAAAUUCAUCAGAAGGGGUAGUGAACGAGAGGCCAUUGUUAGGAGACGCAUCAGACAGAAGAUCAAACCCUUCGAUCCAGAGCUAUAUCAAAAGUUAAUUGCGGGAAAGAUUAACGAAUGGGAUAUACAGAACGAUUUUUGGUACUCUCCGGAGGACGAAAGGACCAUUUUACCAUAUUUGCCCGGUUUAAGUACUUUUACCGAUGAGAACAAAAUGCCAGCCACUCUAAAAGAAAAACCUGAACAGUUGUGGCAGCUAGACUCGGAGAGUCCUUUUCCAGACGAAGUGGACAUAAUUGUGCCUGAGGAUCGUCCUUUUAAAGGAUACAUUAGGCCAAAGAGUGACCUCAAUACGCCUGUUACCAAGGACAAUGUUAUCGAGGUAAAUGAGAUGUCUUUUAUUCAUUAA